CAACUUUUUUUUACGACGGCAUCUCAUAACAAACAUCACGCAACUGAUAACUCACACUGUAUCGCCCUAAACCCUAAUUUCGUGCUUAACGAUGGGAGACGUUCCUAUCAGCGGCGGCGCUGAUCGGAAACCGGUGAAACUUCCGAUUCCGGGCAAACGAAACAUCCUGAUUACCAGUGCUUUACCUUACGUCAACAACGUUCCUCAUCUCGGAAACAUUAUUGGCUGUGUUUUGAGUGCGGAUGUGUAUGCUCGUUUUUGCCGAUCGAGAGGUUACAACGCAAUAUACAUUUGCGGUACUGAUGAGUAUGGAACCGCUACAGAGACGAAAGCCAUGGAAGAAAAUUGCACUCCUAAAGAGAUUUGUGACAAGUAUCAUGCAAUUCAUAAGGACGUGUAUGAAUGGUUUAAUAUAAGUUUUGAUGAGUUUGGACGAACUUCAACUCCACAGCAGACUGAAGUUUGCCAAGCAAUUUUCAAUAAGUUGCUGGAUAAUAAAUGGCUUUCUGAGAAUACGAUGCAGCAGCUUUACUGUGAUACAUGCAGUAAGUUUUUAGCUGACCGGCUUGUGGAGGGAACCUGUCCGACACCUGGUUGUAAUUAUGAUUCCGCACGAGGAGAUCAGUGUGAAAAAUGUGGCAAGCUAUUGAAUCCAACAGAACUCAUUAAUCCUCGAUGCAAGGUCUGUGCAACCAGCCCUCGAAUCCGUGAUACAGACCACUUGUUUCUUGAACUCCCUUUGUUGGAAGGUAAACUGCGUGAGUACAUCAGCACGAUGUCAGUAGCUGGCUCUUGGAGUCAAAACGCCAUUCAUGCAACAAACGCAUGGCUUAAAGAAGGAUUGAGGCAACGUUGUAUUACUAGAGAUUUGAAGUGGGGUGUUCCUGUUCCUCUUGAGAAAUUCAAGGACAAGGUUUUCUAUGUAUGGUUUGAUGCACCUAUUGGAUACGUCUCAAUUACUAAUUGCUACACACAAGAGUGGGAAAAGUGGUGGAAGAAUCCUGACCAUGUGGAGCUAUAUCAAUUUAUGGGAAAGGAUAAUGUUCCAUUUCACACUGUAAUGUUUCCUUCUACGCUUAUCGGGACCGGGGAGAACUGGACCAUGAUGAAGACUAUUAGUGUUACAGAAUACUUAAAUUAUGAAGCAGGCAAGUUUUCAAAGAGUAAGGGUAUAGGAGUGUUUGGAAACGAUGCAAAGGAUACCAACAUUCCUGUUGAAGUAUGGAGAUAUUAUUUAUUAACCAAUAGACCAGAGGUGUCCGACACAUUAUUCACAUGGGCAGAUUUACAAGCAAAGCUAAACAGCGAAUUGCUAAACAAUUUAGGCAAUUUCAUUAACCGUGUAUUGAGCUUUGUUGCUAAAGAUCCAGACUCGGGAUCUGGCAAGGGUUCAGGAUACAAUUCCAUAAUUCCCGAUGCUCCAGGUGCAGAGUCACAUCCUUUAACAAAAGCAUUGGCAGAGAAAGUUGGUAACUAUGUUGACCAAUACGUAGAUGCCAUGGAGAAGGUUAAGCUAAAGCAAGGAUUGAAAAUUGCAAUGAGUAUUUCCGGUGAGGGAAAUGCAUAUCUACAAGAAAGUCAAUUCUGGAAGCUUUACAAGGAAGAUCUUCCUUCAUGUUCUAUAGUCAUGAAAACUUCGGUGGGACUAGUUUAUCUCCUGGCGUGUCUUUUAGAACCGUUUAUGCCAUCGUUUUCCCUUGAGGUUCUCAAGCAGCUCAAUCUGCCCCCUCAAGUAUCCCUUUCCGACGAAAAGGGUGAUAUUGUAAAGGCUAAAAGUCCUUGGAAUAUCAUACCUGCUGGUCACAAAAUUGGGACCCCUGUGCCAUUGUUUAAGGAAUUGAAAGAUGAAGAAGUGGAAUUCUUUAGGAAUAAGUUUGCGGGAAGUCAAGCUGACCGUGCUGACCGGGCUGUGAAGGAAGAAGCUGAAGCAAAGAAACUUACUGAAAAACUGAAGAACACAAAAAUUGCAGAUAAAAGUGGAAAGAAAGAACGACCAGCUAAAUCUGCAGGUGAACCCAAAGCUAAGGCUGCUGCUGUGGAAAAGGAAGUAACGAUCGACAGACUUGAUAUCCGUGUUGGGGUUAUUAAGGAAGUUCAGAAACACCCUGAUGCUGAUUCUUUGUAUGUUGAAAAAAUCGAUGUUGGUGAAGAACAACCUAGGACUGUCGUUAGUGGCCUUGUCAAAUAUAUUCCUCUUGAAGAGAUGCAGAAUCGCAAGGUGUGUGUUCUCUGCAACCUAAAGCCGGCAACCAUGAGGGGAAUAAAAUCACAAGCUAUGGUUCUUUGUGCUUCCACUAUUGAUAAGGUUGAAUUGGUGGAGCCACCUGAGGGUGCUGCUGUCGGAGAGAGGGUUACUUUUGCCGGGUUUGUCGGUGAACCUGAUGAUGUUCUAAACCCUAAGAAGAAGGUUUGGGAGACGCUGCAAGUGGAUCUACAUUCAGACAAGAAUCUUGUAGCCUGCUAUAAAGAUUUACCGUUCACAACUUCCGCAGGUGUUUGCAAGGUUUCAUCAAUAUCGGAUGGAACAAUUAGAUAAACGCUUGUGGGGCAAUGGUUUGCAUUUUUGUCAUCUAACGUUGUGUUUGUUUUAUUUGUCUUUGCUACAACACGAGUCUGGUGUAAUAGGUGAUUGCUGCAACAAUAUAUUGGGAUUUUUUUCUUAUAUAAAUGUUGUUGUUUUAAGAACAUAUUAAUGUUGGAUUUAGAACUUAGUUUGACUUUA